AUGCAAAAAGUUUUAUUUUUAUCAUUAAUCUCAUUAGGUUUAGCUGCCUACACUAACGAUACUGUUAUCACCACUGACAUCACUGUCACUGAUUACACUACUUACUGUCCAGAAAGUACCACCAUCACCAUCACUAAAUGUGAUACUGUCUGUCACCCAACUGAAAUCACUGUUACUGAACCAACCACUAUUACUGUCACUGGUGAAUGUAUCGUCCCAACCACCAUUGCUCCAACCACCGUUGCUCCAACCACUGUUGCUGAUGUUUCAACUGCUAUUCCAGAAGAAACCACUCCAACCACCGUUGCUGAAGAAUCCACCACUGAACCAGCUCCAUCUACCGUUGCUGGUGUCUCAACUUUUGAAGGUGGUGCCAACAAAGUUGUUGUUGGUGCUGCUGCUGGGUUAGCUGCUUUUGCUGCUUUAUUAUAA